AUGAAUAGUCGGCCAGCGGUGAGACUGUUGAGCUCCGGAGGGCUAAACGUGGCUUUGGCUGUAAAGGACCCUUUGGUUCGGACAGAUAUGAGUGCAAUCGCCACUGCAAAAGUAACAGGUUUCGAGGUGGUUACUGUGACCGUGGUGGUUUCCGAUGCAAAUGCUAUGGCUAAACACCAGAUAUAAAACUGUUGCUUGGUAACUUGCUUGACUUACUUGACCUAUCAGCAUUUAAUUUGUAAACACAAUUUUAUUUAACAAUUAAAUCUUGUUAUAAAUUGAAACUUAUGUAAUGCCUUGAAAUUAAUGUAACCAUUUUUAAUUUGAUAAUUUCUUAGUAAUUGUUAUAAAAUAUAGUAUUCAAAUAAAUAUAACUUUUAAAUUUGCAA